AUGGACCGAGUUCACACUGAUUCUGACGUGGCUGAGGUCGUACCACGGGUCCCAAUCGUUGUUACAAAUGUCGAAUUCCACCGCCACCGUGGAGGGAGGACCGUUGCGGCCGGUCUAGUUCACGACGAGCCCGUUCCCUGGGGCGUUGUAACUAGAAGAAGCGAUGUAGAAUGCCAGGUCGUCGCAUGCUCCGGUACUGCUUUCGUUGUCGAUGGCAAAGGUGAAAGCAGUGGUGAAGUUGGCGACGACGCUGACAUAGGCGUAGGCAGGCUACACAUGUGA